AAAAUUUUUCCAACUUCAGCUCGCGUCGGUCGAUUCUUGUGUAGCGUUGUUGAUAAUCGGUGAAUUUCGCGUAAAAUUGUUCGAAUUCCCCAGUGAAACUACUGUCUUUUAGUGCAGUGAAUGCUGUUGCAGUGAGAUAAAGUGGAGUUUGUACGCGGAAUUAUGGAUUUAGUUGUUAAAAAGUGAAAAAUCCGAAUUUGCAAAUGGUGACGCACGCGGUGUUUGGCGUUUGAGUUUUGACAGCCGUCCGAUUUACCAACACAUCCAAACGCACCACUACAGCCAGAGCGGUCCGUGUCGGUGAGCAAUCAUGGCUUCGUUGUAUGCGCAGAGUACGUCGUCGCCGCAGCCUCAACAGGUGAUUGAUUCGGUACAGAUGAACCACUUUAGGAGUUUUGUAAACAUGCUGGCCGAACCUACGGCAAAGGAUGAAAUUAAACUAAAGGCCGCCCAGGAGUUAAGUGAGCACUUUGAACUCAUCACACAAUGCAGUUCCUAUCCGGAUUUCUUGAGCCAUUCGCUGAGAAUAUUUCUGAAAAUUCUCCAAGAAGGCGAACCGCAGUUUAUUUCGGAGUUGAACUUGCAACAGGUUCGCAAGAUUAUUCUGGAGAUGAUUCAUCGAUUGCCAACGUCGGAGCAUAUUCGGCCUCAUGUGAAGCAAAUUAUCGCACUGACCAUCAAACUGCUCCAAACCGACAACGAGGAAAAUGUACUCGUUUGCCUGCGGAUCAUCAUCGACAUCCACAAACAAUACCGACCCACUUUCCAUCCUGAGAUUCAGGAUUUCCUGUCGUACGUCAAAACAAUCUACUCUGAUCUACCGAAGCAUCUUGCCACAAUGUUCGAGCCUAAGCAACCGAUACGGGUGAAGGAUCUGAAGGAGGUCAACUUUGAGAGUUUGCUUCCGGAAACGUUCACCAUGACCUCGAUUCAGGUGGAGAAAAAGACUGCCGAUGGGAAGCUCUCCACGGUUACGUAUAACCUCAUCCCGAAAGGAAUCAACUCGUUGAAAGUAUUGCAAGAGCUUCCGAUAAUUGUGGUGUUGAUGUACCAGAUUUACAAAACCAACGUUCACCAAGAAGUCGUCGACUUCGUUCCACUGAUCAUGACCACCAUCACCCUUCAACCAUCUCCGAUUCACAAGAGUUCCCCCGCGUUCAACAAGGAGAUUUAUGUGGAUUUCAUGGGUGCCCAAAUUAAAACGUUAGCUUUUUCUGCCUACAUUAUCAGACUGUUCCAAGAUGUUAUUCUGACACAUGCUCCAACGAUGGUCAAAGGCAUGCUGAAUUUACUGGAAAGUUGCCCGAAAGAAGUGGCUCACUUGCGGAAGGAGUUGCUGGUAGCAACCAGACACAUUCUAGCAACAGACCUUCGAAACCAUUUUGUGUCAUCCAUUGACAAGCUUUUCGAUGAGGAGAUCCUGUUGGGCAAGGGUUGGACUACCCACGAAUCCCUCCGUCCGCUAGCAUACUCCACUCUAGCCGAUUUGGUGCACCAUGUCCGGCAACACCUCAGCCUACCGGCCCUAUCGAAAGCGGUUUAUUUGUUUGCCAAAAACGUCCACGACGAAUCGUUGCCGACGAGCAUCCAAACAAUGUCGUGCAAGUUGUUGCUCAAUCUGGUUGAAUGCAUUCGCCUCAAGAGCGAUGUGGAACCGGUGGCAAGCCGGGAGCUGCUGAUUACCAUGCUAAAGGUGUUCACACAGAAGUUCCACACCAUUUCGAAACUUCAAUUGCCGCAGAUAAUGCAAAAAUGGAAAUCCUUCAAACCGGAAAGCACCACACCCACUACCACGCCUGGAACGCCUUCAACCACUCAAAGUACACCGGCACCGGGAGCCACACCACAACACACCCCGCAAACACCGGCAGUUCAAGACGGCAACCUUCCCAAGGACUUCCUUGGCAUGGAUCUUUCGGAAAACUCCUUCAAACUAACCAGCAUUGGCUUCCCGCAGCCUAACAAUCUCAACGUAACCGAGUACCGCAGUUUGGUGAAGACUCUCGUUUGUGGCGUUAAAACAAUAACCUGGGGCUGCCCGGCGGCCAAAGUCAAUCCCAACGACCACAGCAUGCCGGCUUCCAAACUGUUUAAUCCAAAUGAAAUUUUAAUUUUCAUUGAUCUCUUCCACUGGGCCCUGGAGGCGCUCGAUAUCUACACGAUAAACGUUCCAGCCAUGGGUAUGCCGCAGGCGUUACCACAACAGAAGCAAGCUCUCCAGAUGCCUCGAUCGAAGGAGGAGAAAGAAGUGCUGGAACACUUCAGUGGAGUGUUUCUUACGAUGGAUUCGCAGAAUUUCCAAGAAAUCUUCGCCUCCACAAUUGACUUCAUGGUGGAUCGGUUGUACAAAAACUCUGCUCUCCAGGUCAUUGCCAAUUCGUUCCUGGCAAAUCCAAAAACGUCCCCACUGUUUGCUACUGUCCUGGUUGAGUAUCUCUUGGAACGUAUGGAAGAGAUGGGAUCCAAUAUCGAACGAUCCAAUCUCUAUCUGAGACUGUUCAAGCUUGUAUUUGGCAGUGUGAGUCUAUUCGCAGCGGAAAAUGAACACAUGCUGAGACCCCAUCUGCAUAACAUAGUAAACCGUUCGAUGGAACUGGCCAUGACGGCCAAGGAGCCGUACAACUAUUUCCUGCUACUGAGGGCAUUGUUCCGCUCGAUCGGCGGAGGAUCACACGAUCUGCUGUAUCAGGAAUUUUUACCCCUGUUGCCGAAUCUGUUGGAAGGGCUCAAUCGGCUUCAGAGUGGUUUUCACAAGCAGCACAUGAAGGACCUGUUUGUGGAGCUUUGUCUAACGGUGCCGGUGCGGUUGUCUUCCCUGCUGCCGUACUUGCCAAUGCUGAUGGAUCCACUUGUGUCGGCGCUGAACGGAUCGCACACGCUUGUUAGUCAGGGCCUGCGAACAUUAGAGUUGUGUGUGGACAACCUGCAACCGGAUUUCCUGUAUGAUCACAUCCAACCAGUGCGAGCCGAUUUGAUGCAAGCACUAUGGCGAACGCUUCGUAAUCAGGACAGUGCCGCGGUAGUUGCCUUCCGUGUGCUGGGCAAAUUCGGUGGAGGCAAUCGGAAGAUGAUGAUUGAACCACAACAGCUGAUGUACCAGGAAAGCGAUGCUAUUCAACCGGCUGUCGUGGCCUAUUUCCAGGAACAUCGCAAACCAAUCGACUUCCCAGUGGACAAGGUGAUCGAGACGGCGUUCAAUGCGUUGAAAACGAGUACAACCGAUCCGUUCUAUUGGCGCCAGAGCUGGGAAGUGAUCCGAUGCUAUCUUGCCGCUUCCAUUUGCCUGGAUGACGACAAACACACGCUACAGAAGCUGUUCAUGCAUCCGAGCUUUACGGACAAUAAUGUGGUAGCAACUGGAAGUCAUUAUACUCUCCAAGACAAACAAGCUCGACUUACUCAUCAAACGGCGCUCACGGGAAUGUUUGUAGCAGCAGCGACUAAGGAACUGCGGGGUUCUGUACUUCCUACGAUGGUAGCAGUAGUGCGGCACUACACCAUGGUAGCCAUAGCCCAGCAGGCCGGUCCCUUCCCGCAUAAGCACCAUCAGAUGAACAGCGGUCUCGAUCCGUUAGUGCUGAUCGAUGCUUUGGCCGCCAUCAUGGGACACGAAGAAAAGGAACUGUGUAAACCUGGAAACUUGGCCAUGGUUCUAAUUCUGGAAACGGCAACUAACAUUAUGGGAUCGAAGGAAAGAGCUUGCCGUCUACCUAUGAUGCAGUACCUCGCCGAAAAAAUGGCCGCUCUGUGUUAUGAACGACCAUGGUACUCCAAAAUGGGUGGCUGCAUUGCCCUCAAGUUCCUCUAUCAAAAUAUGGCAAUGAGAUGGCUGUAUCAGCAUUUGUUUAUAUUCCUCAAGGCCUUUAUGUUCAUAAUUAUGGAUCUGACCGGAGAGGUGUCUAGUGGAGCGAUCGACAUGGCCAAGAAUUAUCUUGAAAAGAUGCUCAAAAUUUGCAUGACUCCGUUGGACCGGGAUUGCAAGAACGAAGAACUGAUCUCAACCCAGAAGAAAGCCAUGUACGAUGUCAUUCAUGAGCUGGUACGACAAGUAACGAGCCCGCACACCCUGGUUCGAGAAACGGCCAUGGCUUCACUAAGACUGAUUGCCGAGUUGCAGAGUAAAACAGUCACCGAGGUGAUGAAUCCACAUCGUGAGGUACUGGUUGAUAUGAUACCUCCGAAGAAACAUCUCCUUCGGCAUCAGCCGGCUAGUGCUCAGAUUGGGCUGAUGGACGGCAAUACGUUCUGUACGACCCUGGAACCGCGUUUGUUUACUAUUGAUCUCACAAUCCUAACGCACAAGGUGUUCUACCACGAAGUGUUGACACUCUCCGAUGCGGAGGAUACAACCCUGAACAAGCUGGAUUGCUACAAAACCGUUACGAAUCUGAUUCCCCUGAGAAAAAGCGCUCUUCGUGCGUUGGCGGCCUGUCACUACAUCCCGAACGGCUGUCGUGAAAAAAUCUUCUCCAUUUUGUUCAAGGCCCUCGAGAAGAACAACGUUGAAUUGCAGGAAGCGGCCUUCGAGUGUAUGCAGAACUUCUUGCAAGGAUGCACCGUUGAUAAAGAAACGAUCCAUGCCGGCAUUCGUCCCUUGCUGAUGCAAUUGGGUGAUCAUCGGAAUCUCACCCUAAAUGGAGCGAAACGUCUCUCGUACCUGACGCAGCUGUUCCCGUCAAUGUUCAACGAAAAACUUUGCGAUUCGCUGCUUCAAAUCGUGAAAAAACUACUGGAAAGCUCCAUCGCUGCCAACAAGGGAUCGAACUUCCUGGCCGCAUCGAAAACAGGCGAAACGGAGCAAAAGAUAGUCACCAUAAUUGGCAUAUUCCAUCAAAUUCCAGCCGCGUCCGCCAAGUUCAUUGACAGCCUCUGUAAACUGAUUCUCCAAACCGAGAAGAGCCUAAUGAUUGAACCAUGCUCGCCUUAUCGCCCGCCCUUGGUCAAGUUUUUGCUUAAAUUCCCCAAGGAAUCUAUGGAGCUGCUGUUGAGCGAUGUCAAUGUCAAGGAUGCCCAGUGGAAUCGAUUCAUGAUCUAUCUGCUGAAGCACAAAGAUGGUUUGCCAUUCCGAAAUGCCAUCCAGGAGAAGGGUCCUCGGCUGAUCCAGCUGAUAUUGAUCAAUUCGGAAGGAAGCGUUGCUAUUGCUCAGGGAAAACCGUUUGAAGAUCGUUAUGAAGCCCAGAGACAAGCUGUUCUCAUCAUCCAUACGUUGAUAGAAUUCGACAGCCCCUGGAUCUCAACUCAGACUGAUAUCAUCGCAGCAUUGAAGACCAUAUGGAAGAAUGAUUUAUACAAGACCUGUCAGUCAUCCGUAGUCUGCGACAUGUGGCAUCUGGUGGCGAAGAUUUUGAUGGAGUACUUCUCGCACAACACCAAUGAAAUUCCACUGCUGUUCCAACUGUUGCGAGCUCUGUGUUUACGAUUCAUACCGGAUUUCCAGUUCUUCCGGGAUUUCCUGCAGAACACCGUAUGCCAAAGCUAUACCGUUGAUUGGAAGAGAACAGCGUUCUUCCACUUUGUCGAGUGCUUCGGCAGUCCGGAUGUUUCGCAGGAUCUGAAAGCGAAGAUUCUGACCAUGGUGAUAAUUCCAAGCUUUGCUGUGAGUUUCGAGAAAGGUGAAGGCAACAAGCUAGUGGGAGCUCCACCGGCGCCGUACUUGGAAGACGAGAACAACAUCGUAUCGGUGUUCAUCAACAAGGUCAUUGAUCCAGAGAAGCCUUUCGCGAACGAAGACGCAGUGAGGAUCGCCUUGCUGCAGUUUGCAUGCUUGCUGGUAGAACGAGCUUCUCCGCACAUCCACGAUGGAGAUGCUAAUAAUAAACGGGAGGGUAAUAAGCUGCGGCGAUUGAUGACUUUUGCUUGGCCUUGUCUACUGCCGAAGAAUUGCGUAGAUCCGGCUGCUAGGUAUCAUGGUCAUUUGCUACUCAGUCACAUUAUUGCUAGGUUGGCCAUCCACAAGAGAAUAGUUCUGCAGGUGUUCCAUUCACUACUUAAAGCUCAUGCAGUUGAAGCGAGAACCGUUGUGAAACAAGCUCUAGAAGUUCUCACACCUGCCAUGCCGUUGCGCAUGGAGGAUGGUAACACUAUGCUGACGCACUGGACAAAGAAAAUCAUCGUCGAAGAGGGCCACUCGAUGCAGCAAUUAUUUCACAUACUGCAGUUGCUGGUCCGCCACUUCAAAGUUUAUUAUCCGGUCCGGCAUCAUCUAGUGCAGCAGAUCAUCAACUCAAUGCAUCGGUUGGGUUUCACUGUCAAUGCAACCAUAGACUAUCGUAAACUGUCCGUUGAACUGGCGGAAGUCAUCAUCAAGUGGGAGCUACAACGUAUAAAGGAAGAAACAGAUGGCGGUAGCAGUGCAGUCGAAGAGGAAGAAAGCAAACUACAGACGGACGCCAAACAGCAACCCAGUGGGGCAGUAAAGCGAACGGCUCAGGAUGAGGAAGCUCGCAAGAAGUUAGCGACUGGUGAUACAAAUCCUCAACCGUCUCCAAGUACAUCGACAGGUACCACAACUCCUGGGGUAGCCCCAAAGGUGGAAGGCUCCGGACGACCAAUCGAUCGAGCGCAUUGCGAUGCAGUACUAAACUUCCUGUUCCGCAUGGCAUGCCAGCUAAAUGAUGUCUCCACCACUCCCGGUGCGAUGUCCCCCGGAGAAAGUCUCUCUAGACGAUGUGUCAAUCUCCUUAAGCUGGCAAUCAAGCCGGAACUUUGGCAACAACCUUUUGAUCUCAAACUGACAUGGUUGGACAAGGUUUUCACCAGCAUCGAGGGACAACAGCCGAAUAUUGGAAACAUUUGCACUGCUUUGGAGUUGUUGACUUUCCUACUGACUGUAUUGAAAAAAGAACAAAUUUUAACGACGUUCCGGCCUCUCCAGCGAGGUCUUUCAGCAUGUGUAACCUGUACAAACACUCGGAUCAUUAAACUGAUGCACGGACUGUUGACUCGUCUCAUGGCAAUUUUCCCUACAGACUCGCAUCAUAAGCACGAUGAGCUAGAAACUCUUUACGCAACUAUCAGCAAAAUGAUCUACGAAGGAUUAGCAGCGUUCGAGAAGAAUCCCCAAGCUAAUCCAUCUACACUGUUCGGUACAUUAAUGACUCUGAAAGCAGCUUGCACCAAUAAUCAAAGCUAUAUCGAUCGCCUCAUAACUCCAUUCAUGAGGCUGCUCAAUCGACUCACGAAAGAUCACCUGGGUGGAAUCGCCAACAAUCAAAACGGAAACGGUGAAGCGGCAACAAAUGCCGGCUCGAUCGCACUGGAACUCCUCGUCGUUUCUCUGGAUCUUGUCAAGAAUCGGGUCGUCGUGAUGAACGUUGAAAUGAGAAAGACCUUCAUCGGCGGAGUACUUGUGGGACUGAUCGAGAAAAGCAACGAUGUGAAAGUGAUUAAAGCAAUUGUAAAAAUGAUCGAGGAGUGGAUGAAGAACAAAAAUUCUCCAGUAACGGUAUCGCAAGCGCCAACUCUUCGUGAAAAGUCGAUUCUACUGGUCAAGCUAAUGCAGUACGUGGAGAAACGUUUUGCGGAUGAUCAGGAGCUUAACGGACAGUUCUUGGAGUUGGUCAAUUAUAUCUAUCGUGACGAACAACUUAAAAUCACUGAGCUUACUUCCAAGUUGGAAGCUGCGUUCCUGGCGGGUCUACGGUGCAGUCAACCGAAAAUACGAGCCAAGUUCUUCGAGGUGUUCGACGGCUCGAUGCGACGCCGACUGCAUGAUCGUUUGCUGUACAUUAUUUGCUCGCACGCUUGGGACUCCAUUGGGCAGCACUAUUGGAUCAAGCAGUGCAUCGAGUUGUUGAUUUUGACGGCCAAUACCACAACGCAGAUUCAAAACAGCAACGAGAAUCACUUGUUGCCAAGUAUUUCUUCGGUAAUCAAUUUGGCCGAAUCAGAUGAAAAGAAAAACUUUGUAAUCUACACAUCCUUGCAAAAUGAUCCUACGGAAACGUUUGAUCCCAUCGAAGAUAAGGAAGACGCUUUCGAUAUGGACAUGAGCGUAGACUCGAACAUUUCGCGACACGAAGAAAGUGAACGUCCGGUAGCCAAUCGCCAAGCUGCGUUGGCUAAGCUCAUCAGUCGUCAGGCCGAGUUCUUGGAAGCAAGCCGCAAGGUACGCACGGAACAAUUGUUGGUGGCAACUGCACAGCUCUGUCAUAUGGAUACCCAUCUGGCAGAGCGGGUAUGGCUCGAUGUGUUCCCAAGGCUGUGGUCCAUAUUAGAUCAUGGCCAGCAGCAAUCUUUGGAUCGCGAAAUAGUGCCAUUCCUGUCUUCCGGGACACACAUUAUACAGAAAGACUGUCAUCCCAGCGCACUUCACACAUUCGUGGAGGCUUUAUCCCAUUGCGAUCCUCCGGUAUACAUUCCGCCAAAUUUGAUGGCAUACUUGGGCAAGGCGCACAACCUGUGGCAUCGUAUGACGUUGAUGCUGGAAGAGAUGGCCUUGGAGUGGCCAAACAGAAAGGAAAGCAUUUCGGAGUAUGCGGAGUUCGAUGAGGAAAAUUGUCGUGAUGGGUCAUAUGUCAUGGAUCCGUUGUCUCAAAUGUAUUCUUCACUGCAUGAAGAGGAUUUGUGGGCUGGACUGUGGCAGAAGUAUGCCAAAUAUCAGGAAACGAAUUUGGCAAUUGCCCACGAGCAGAUGGGAUUUUUCGAAGAGGCUCAAAGCAUCUACGACUCGGCAAUGACCCGAUUCAAGCAGGAUCUCAACAACGGUGUUACUCCUCUAGAUAUGAACAGCGAGUUACUACUCUGGGAAAACCAUUGGAUUCGAUGUGCCAAGGAACUGAAUCAAUGGGACAUACUGAUGGACUACGGACAGCUGAACAAAGAUAAGAACUCUUUCCUCAUUAUGGACAGUGCUUGGCGUGUUCCGGACUGGACAUUGAUGAAACAAGCUCUCUCCAAAGUGGAACAAACCUACCCCAAACAAGUUGGUUACAAGUUCAAUCUCUACCGGGGCUAUUUAACAAUCCUGAACCAAGAAGAGCAACAUCCAUCCGUAGAGCGAUACGUGGAGGUGGCGUCCGCUUACUGUAUGCGCGAGUGGCGCCGGUUACCACCCAUUGUUUCCCACAUUCAUCUUCCCAUAUUGCAAGCUUCCCAGCAGAUCAUGGAACUACAGGAAGCCAGCCAAAUUCACCAGGGCUUGCUGCAAAACCGAAGCUCCUCGCUGCACGAUAUGAAAGCGAUCGUAAAAACGUGGCGCAAUCGAUUGCCGGUCAUAGCUGAUGAUUUAUCUCACUGGAGUGAUAUCUUCACCUGGCGGCAGCAUCACUAUCAAAUCAUCACAUCCCACCUGGAGCAACAGGGCGACAACACUUCUCCGUGUAUGCUGGGGGCCCAUGCUUCGGCGCAGACCAUCAUCCAUUUCGGAAAGAUUGCCCGGAAACAGAAUCUAACGGGAGUGUGUCAGGACUCGUUAUAUAGGAUUUACACGAUCCCGUCGGUGCCGGUUGUCGAUUGCUUCCAGAAAAUCCGCCAGCAAGUGAAAUGCUGCUUACAGAUGGCCGCUGUCAACAAUAGUCGAUCAGAAUUAUCUGAAGCCUUGGAGGUAAUUGAGCCCACCAAUUUGGAUUACUUCUCCAAAGAAAUGACAGCUGAAUUCUACGCCCUUAAAGGGUUACUGCUGGCUCAGACCGGUCGCUCCGAAGAAGCCAACAAAGCAUUCAGUGCUGCCACUCAGCUACAUGAUACGCUUAUCAAGGCAUGGGCCCUAUGGGGAGACUAUUUAGAGCAUAUUUUCACCAGAGAUCCGCGUCAGAUCAAUUUGGGCGUAGCGGCCAUGACGUGUUUCCUGCAUGCCUGUAGGAAUCAGAAUGAAAGCAAGUCUCGAAAAUAUUUAGCCAAGGUUUUGUGGCUGUUGUCCUACGACGAAGACAAAUCACUUCUGGAAGCGCUGGACAAGUACGCGGUUGGUGUGCCACCGAUCCAAUGGGUACCGUGGAUUCCUCAGCUGCUUUGCUGUCUGGUACAAUAUGAAGGAACCGUUAUUCUCAACUUGCUUAGUCAAGUGGGACGGAUGUUCCCACAAGCAGUUUAUUUCCCGAUUCGAACACUUUAUCUUACUCUAAAAAUAGAACAAAGAGAGCGAUACAAAAGUGUCGAACAGGCAUCUGCCGCUGCUCAAAAAAUGGCCGCCAAUAAGACUGAAGCUGGAGCUUCCACGGGAGGUGGCCAGGUUACCAUUUCUACCCAACCAGGAGGAUCCGGCACACAACAACAACAACAGCAGCCUCAACAGCAACCUGCAGCUCCAGGUCAACCAGGUCAGGCUCAACCAGGAGCAGAAAACCAACAGGCAGCUGGAGGUGGUAAUCUGCAAUCUACUACAACACCAAUCCGGGCCACACCACCCAUGUGGAGGUGCUCCAAAAUUAUGCAUCUACAGCGUGACAUUCAUCCGACAGUACUGAGCUCUCUGGAAGGAAUCGUCGACCAAAUGGUUUGGUUCCGCGAAAACUGGUACGAGGAGGUUCUACGCCAACUGCGUCAAGGCUUGACCAAGUGCUAUGCAAUUGCUUUCGAGAACCGUUGUUCGGUGAAUGAGGCAACAAUCACUCAGCAUACUCUAAAUUUCGUGAAGAAGCUGGUGUCCACCUUUGGCAUAGGAAUCGAAAACAUCUCCAGCUCCGUAUCGUCAAACUUCUCGUCGGCUGCGUCGGAGUCACUGGCCAGAAGGGCCCAGGCUACAGUUCAGGACCCGGUGUUUCAGAAAAUGAAGGGCCAGUUCACUAGCGAUUUCGACUUCUCCCAACCGGGCGCAACCAAGUUGCACAAUCUGAUAAACAAGCUUAAAAUUUGGAUCAAGAUUCUGGAGAACAAAACCAAACAACUGCCCAAAUCCUUCCUUAUUGAAGAGAAGUGUCGUUUCUUGUCCAACUUUAGUCAAAAGACAGCGGAAGUCGAACUGCCUGGAGAACUUCUGUUGCCCAAACAUUCUCACUAUCACAUUCGGAUAGCGCGAUUCAUGCCAAGAGUGGACAUCGUCCAGAAGCAUAACACAGCUGCCCGGCGGUUGUACAUUCGUGGAACCAACGGUAAGAUCUACCCGUAUCUGGUAGUAAACGACACCGGCCUGGGCGAUGCCCGCCGAGAGGAACGAGUCCUGCAAUUGCUGCGUAUGUUGAACAACUACCUGGCCAAACAGAAGGAAACCUCGCGACGAUUCCUGCAUAUCACGGUGCCACGAGUAGUAGCGGUAUCGCCCCAGAUGCGUCUGGUUGAAGACAACCCGUCCAGUAUCUCGCUGCUUGACAUCUAUAAAAAUGGCUGCUCCAAGCUGAAUAUUGAACAUGAUGCUCCAAUUGCUAGGUACUACGAACGUUUGGCGAAGGUGCAGGCUCGUGGAUCACAGACAAGUCAUACGGUCCUGCGGGACAUUUUGCGGGAGGUGCAAACAACUAUGAUCCCCAAAACGAUGCUCAAGGACUGGGCUGUGCGGAACUUCCGUUCAGCAACGGACUACUGGCAGUUCAGGAAAAUGUUUACUCUUCAGCUAUCGCUUUCGUGCCUGAUGGAGUAUUGCUUGUUCCUAACUCGCCUGAACGCGGAUAUGAUGUACCUUCAUCAGGACUCCGGUCUCAUGAAUGUGUCCUACUUCAAAUUUGAUGUUGAUGACAGCACCGGUCUGUUGGACGAUAGCCGUCCUGUGCCAUUCCGGUUAACUCCGAACAUUGUAGAAUUCCUCUCGACCAUUGGAGUAACUGGUCCGCUAACGGCUUCCACCAUAGCCACGGCGCGUUGUCUGGUGCAACCGAAUUUCAAGCUUCCCACCAUUCUGCGUGCCAUCCUGCGCGAUGAGAUCAUCGCAGUGCAGAAGAAACGUAUUCUGGACGAAAAGGUUAUCGACCAGAACACGGACCUCUCACAGGAAAACCCAGCGGUGGAAAUCGAUUCUGAGACAGUCAUCAGCACCGUGAACAAAGCAGUCAACAACAUCAUGGCUCGGUUGAACUGUUUGGCUCGAUUCGACAACACUGAGGUGAAGAAGAUGAGCACACUUGUGCAAGUGGCCAGCAAUGCGGAUAAUCUAUGCCGAAUGGACCCUACGUGGCAUCCUUGGCUUUAAGUAAGUAGUUUUAAAUUCAUUCAUUCAUUUCAUCGGCUGAUAAUUUUAAUCAUUUUACUCUUCAUAAGAAGUCGAGUGAAUGUUCUUAAAAUCUAAUCAAGUAUGUAUUGAUUACCGGAUAUAAAUCAACAAAAAAACAUUAA